AUGAUGAGUGAAGAUAAGAGAAAUGGCAAGAGAAAGACUCCUGGUGAGAUGAUUAUAGAAUUUGGAGAUGGCAGGGGGAAGAAGAGGGCUCGAGCUAGUGGCAGAACGCCUACUUCGUGUAGAUCAUGUGCCAAAUCAAAGAAAAAAUGUACAAGAGAAUCGGAUAGAGGACCAUGCCAAUUGUGUGAGAAUCGAGGCAUUGAAUGCAGUUUUAUGCAGGGUGAGCCAGACUCUUUGCCCACUAUGAUGGAACAUGAAUGGCUCGCGGUGUUUUUGAAUGAGGAUGCGCCUUUUUACAAUUUGAACACUUUAAAUCGGACGCCGCAAAGCCCCCAGCAGAGGUAUGUCCGUCGAUCUUUAAAUUAUUCCGGUUCUGGUGGGGUCUACUAUGGGAUUCUGGGUGAAUACGACCCGCUGCUUCGAGAUAAAUUCUUCCAAUACGAUGAUAACAACGAGUGUUUGUUCCAUGAGAAAUUUUUCAGACGUAUUGAACAACAUGGGUUUUCAUCGAUCUUUGCUUAUAAGAAAUCUGACGUUGCAGAGCUUGAGAAUUUCAAUUUGAUCAACUUGACUCAUGACCUUGAUUCAUACCUGCAGAAAGUUGGAAAGCUUCAGGUGUAUAUUCCUGCGUUGCUUACUCUUUAUGUGAAGUUUAUCUUGCCAGAUUUACCGAUCUUUGAUGGUCAAGCCAUCAAUUCUGUGUUUGCCUCAUCAGAUGACAUCGGAUCAGAGCGUGAUUACGGUGAGUUUUCAGACCCAUUGCUGUUACUGUUGUUAUACCGCUUGACUUAUAGAUGGUUUUACUACGAUACAUCGAUACCGAUGAAGGGUUUGGAUAUUAUGAAGGGGAACGACUUACAAUUCAUUUUCGGAGAAGAAUUCUUUACAGUCGUCUGGAAUCAAAUCAAUAGGGAAUUGAUUGCCCCAACUCUAACAACACUUAAAUGCAUGAUUAUUUUCUACCAUAUUAUAAGUUUCAAGAACACAGGCUAUCGUACCCCUUUUGAGGCUAAUUUCCUCAGCUCUAUAAUCAAUACAGCGUACAUUAUGGGACUUCAUAUUGAUUGUGCGGAUUGGAAUAUACCCAAAGAUGAAAAGAACCUUCGUAAAAGGUUAUGGUGGGUUAUCUUACUAUUGGAAACCUGGAAUAAACUCGCAUAUUCGUUGCCAACAUUAACUCUGAACAACGGCACUCUAGGUGAGGACGGACUUUCUUCAGUGGACUGUUUUAGCAUGUUCGAUGACAUUGAUGAUUUUUUCCCAACUUCCACCGUGUACUCCUUUUAUUUAUUCGUGAACUUGACAUGUACUACUUGCAACCUGGUGAAAACUCUUUUCCAAGGCGAAAUAUCUAUGAAUGAUCCUAAGAUUUCCCAUUACGAUGAUUUGUUGAAUGGAUGGUUUAACGAAUAUUCUACAUUGCCGUUAGACGCAAAUGUAUCUUAUAGUAGCAUUACGCUUUGCUAUGUCGUUUCCAAGAUUCUUAUAUUGAGGUUAAAAUUCAAACUGAUAGCCGAUGACUUGCAAUAUAACAAGCUUUGUUUCGAUGAUUCCAUAUUACUGUUCAACCAAGCGAUGGAAAUUUUACAAGGCAGUUCUGCGUCAGGUGUAAGUUGCUUCUGGUACAACUUUUCGAGGUCACAGUUCUUCUAUCUGAGAGAUCUUUUACUUAUCUUAAUGAUGAUUGCAAAUGAUAAAGCUCAAUCGUUGAAGGUCUUCAGGCUUGUGAGAAGUUUCAGAGAAUGGCUAGCAAAUAAUGCUAGAACGUUAAAGAUUGUAUUACCGGCUUUGAUUAGGAUUAAUAUAACAAUAGCUAGUCUUGGAAACCAAGUUAAAAGGCUUAGAGAUGAGCCAGCAUCAAAACUAUAUAAUUAA